AUGCCACAUCCCUACAGUAAAGACCUCAAAUGGCGCAUAAUUUAUUUGUGCCAUGAUGGUUAUUCGAAAGAAGAAAUUGCAUCUACUCUGUAUGUGAGUAAAUCAUUGGUUAAUAAAAUUUUGCGAAUAUAUCAAAAGUGGGGAACAGUUGUCCAUCCAUGGCGUCAGGUUCCUGGGCCACGAAAAACCUUUGAUAGAAAUAUGCGU